CGGGUGUCAUGAGAGAGUUAUUUUGCAACUUCAGUCGGGAGUUAUUUUUUUGUAGUUGUUUCUCAGACGGCGCUGUCAUGUAUUUCAGUUGUUUCUAAGCUGUAUGCGGCUCACUGAUGGCAAUGAGUGGGGAGACCGGCGAGACUGAGCAGCGCCCUGACCGGAACAUGUACUAUCUGCCCGUCAAAUUCGGGCUGACCGCCUGCGCUGCGACUGUGGCUGAAACAGUGACCUUUCCAUUUGAUUUAACUAAAACAAGACUUCAGAUUCAAGGAGAAUCAGUUCCCCAUCAGUUUAGAGGUAGUAAAACAGUAAAACCUUAUCGGGGGAUGAUCCAAACAGCAGCUGGAAUAGUGAAAGAAGAGGGCCUGUUCAAACUCUGGCAGGGCGUUACUCCUGCCAUCUGCAGACAUAUUGUGUAUUCAGGAGUACGGAUGGUUGCCUACGAACAACUCCGUGAUUCUGUGCUUCACAAGGACAAAGAUGGCUAUUUCCCACUGUGGGUGGGUUGGGUGUGCCAGUUAAGAUGUGGCUUUCAAAUGCAAAUCAAUGGCCUCUUCCGAUUGUGGUUAAACAAAACAACUCAUCACCGAGGGAAAACCAAACUGAUUGGAACAGUUAAAUUUUGUUUCUUACAAAUUAACGCAUUCAAUAUACUUUUUUUAAAAAUACUUUUGCUCAGUAUUUGUUCAGGACUGGUUGCUGCUACCAUGGGAUGCCCUGCUGAUGUCAUUAAAACCAGAAUCAUGAAUCAGACAAGAGAUAAACAAGGAAGGGGUUUAUUAUACACAUCCACAGUGGAUUGCCUGAUGCAGACAGUAAAGAGAGAAGGGUUGAUGUCAUUGUAUAAAGGAUUUCUGCCAACCUGGGCAAGGAUGGCACCUUGGUCAUUGACAUUCUGGCUCACGUUUGAACAAAUAAGAAAAAUCACAGGCCUCAAUUCCUUUUGACACCAUUUCAGAGCAGAUUCUGAUUUAACUUCAUUGGAGUUCCCUUUGAGGACUGUAUCACCGAGCACCAUCCAGUUCUGGGUAGGCUGGAAUUGAAAAAUGUUCCAUUGAAAUCAGUUUGUGGUGGUCAUCCUAACUCUCAGUCUGGAUGUUGCAGUUAGCACAAAUUUUUAAUCUGUUAACUUCACUUAAGUUCAGUGUACUUUUGUGUGAGGAAGAUUCAGCUGUAUGUCUCUAUUAACUAUUAAAAUACUGAAGUUUUGUAUUAAUUUGAUGGCAGUGAAAGAUUAUGAGGACAUGUUAUAAAACUAGAGAGGACUAAGCUGAUUUACAUCUGUCAGUACAGACCCACCAUAGGUGAGGCACGUUGGUCAAUAGUCAGGAGGGACUUGUUCCGGGAUUUCUCAAUGUUGACUCCAUGCUCUAUGAAGUCUCAUGGCAUCAAACUGAAUACUACCACGAAAAUUUCCUACAACUGGAAGUAACAUUAGAUGAGGGAGCAAAGGCACAGAAUGUAUUCUUGAUGAUGGAUACAGAAGUUACCUACGUAGAAUGGGUCAGUAGUACUAACUGAACUGGCUGAUUGCUUGACUAGGCAUGAUGCAGGUAUUGAGGAAACCAACAAGAGAACAAAGCCUAUGGAAUCUUGUCCUGAUCACCUUAACUAUUGUGGACAUACCUGUUUGUGACCAUUAUAGGAAAGAAUGAUCACUGCGCAGUCAUUGUGGAGACAUGCCACUGACCAUGACUUGCAUUAUGGUUUGUAGCAAGCUGCUGUGGCAAAGGGGUUAGAUUCAGAACUGAUUUAGCAGCUUAACAUUGUGCAUCAACAAGGUUCUGUGGGACAUCGGCAACAACUGAAUUGUAUUCAACCACAAUUUAACCUUAUAUAGGCCUCUACCAUUACCAUUAAACCUUGGGAUUGACCAUGGUUCAAAGAAGAGUGCAGGAAAUCACUCCAGGAGUAACAGGCACUCCUAAAAAUGAGGUGUUUACCUGGAAAUGCUACAACAAAGGUCUAUUUCAAGCUAAGCAGGAGGAAGUACCUUGCAGUAGACAUAGCUUAAUGAUCCCCAAUCAACGAAUUAGAUCAAAGCUCCGCAUUUUUGCCACAUGUAUAGUAAAUGGUGGUGGACAAUCAAAACAACUAAUAGGAAGAGUAAGCUGUGCAAACCUCUCCAUCCUCAAUGAACUUUGAACUGUGACAGUAAAAAUUUUUAUCAGUAUUUAGGCUUAGUCAUUUAAUUGCCAUACCUGAGACCUAUCAUGGGCUCCAAAUGGUUUUAAAAAGGGCAGAAACUGACUUACGAUUGUUGCUUUGAUUGCCUGAUCUGGUGGAGGCAAGUUCAUGAAUCCAUCAAUAAAUAAAGAUCAGUCCAAGGUGACAUUUGGAUCUGUGUCUCCUUUCUGUAAAUUGCAAUCUAGCCUCCAGAAUUCACACUGAAUUAUACUUCAACCGCUGCUUUUGAGCAACACAGUGGAUGUGUAAGCAAGAACUGUAUGAUACACACUUUCACACUUUUACGUCUCACUCUGCCUCUCUAAACCCAAAUCAGUGCCCAGUAUAAAAACAACUUGGGAGAACCACCAUUUACUGAGAACCCAAGAUCGACAAACUUUAUCACUGUAGCUCAAUACAAGUCAAUAAUUAAACAACUGACCUCAGGUUUCAAAUCUAAUAGCACAUCAACUCUUAAAAACUUUUAAACUCCUUUGCCCUCAUGUCUGGGUUUGACACCAUUCCUUCUUUAUAAGUGAAUACCUUUGUUUGUGCGUGUGUCUGAUGUUGCAUUCCUACUGUUCUU